CAAACCUGUUGCCAUUGAGUCGAUUCCAACUCAUGGCAACCAUGUAAGAGUAGAACUGCCCGCAUAGGGCUUAUCCAAGGAGUGGCUGGUGGAUUUGAACUACCAACAUUUUGGUUAGCAGCGGAGCUCUUAACCAUUGUGCCACCAGGUUUCAGGUCGGUAGUUAAUCAAUAUACCUCAAACUCCAUAGUAUGCUAGCAGUUAUAUUUAUUUAUUUGUCUGUUAUUAAAACUGGCUUUUUUUUUAAAUGUGUGCGGUAGAAUAACCUUUGGAUAUAAUGUAGGGGGACUGUUCUGUAACUGAUCCUUCAGGCUGCUUCCAGGCUAAUACUUAGAAAACAUGAAUUUAUUCAAAUCAUUGCCCUGUUUUAGAAAUUAAAAUUACACCACAAUUCCUGCUGCAUUAAUUAGAAUCUCUUUUGAGAUGAUUUGAGAGUCCAUUCUCUGUUAAUAUUCUGUGAACUAUCUCCUAGAUUGGCUGUUACGAGGAUUAAAAGAAAGAUUCCAUUUAACUUGGCAAGUAAAAUGCUUGCCAUAGGAUAUUUAUAUCUAGGACUUUGUCAGACGUGUCUACUCAGUGUCACCCAGAUAUCCUAUGCUUAUUCCCAUCAUUCAUUUUUCAUCUGCCCUUUUGUUGAAAACUUAAAAUGUCCUAAAUACUAGGAGUAUGAAUGUCUCAAAAGUGAAUGUUCCAGUCCUUUUUCUCUGGGAAUUCACAGACUAAUAUGAAAGAUAGAUACACGUAAACAAAUACAUAUUUUACAGUAAUUAAAAGUAAAUAAAAUACUUCUUCUUCUGCCUCUUUUCACCUGUAUGAAUCCUUCCAGUCUUUUAGCACUAAACUGCUGUAUUUCCAUAAAAUCCUCAGAAUACCAUGCUUGUGUACUUACCAUACUAUAUCGUCUAUACUUCUUUUCUUUCUGUCUCAAUUAUUAGACUUUGAACUCCUUGGGUUUGAACAAUACUGCUAGGGUCAGCAAUUUUUUUUUCUGUAAAGGAGCAGUUAGUAAAUGCUUUAGACUUAGUGCUGUAGGAGCCCAAAAACAGCCAUAGAUAAAUUACAAACAAAUGAUUGUGUUCUAGUAAAACUAUUGACAACAGCAGACAGCAGGCCAAAUUUGGCCCAUUGGCCGUAGUUUGCUGUUCCCUGCAAUGCUAUAUAAACUAUACCCGGGAAAAUAAAAGGCACUUGUGACACUAUAGGACAGGGUAAAACUACCCCUAUAGGGUUUCCAUGGAGCAGCAGGUAAAUUAGAACUGCCAGCCUUUUGACUUGCAGCUGAAACUCAACCACUGUGCCACCAGGGCUCCAUAAACACUGUGUUUGGAAAAUAUAAGGCACUUUGUAAAUAAUAAUAAAUAUGUAUUAAAUACUUUGUUCUGGGUCCUAUUCCAAACACCUUUAUAUAUAUCAGUUUACUUAAUUCUUAAAGCAACCCUCUGAGGUAGAUACUAUUAUCCCCAUUUUAAAAAUGAGGAAACUGAAGCACAGAUAAGUUCAAUAAAAUGCCUAAGAUCAAAAACUAGUUAGCGAAAGUCUUGGGAUUUGAACCCAGGAAUUCUGAUUCUAGAGCCUUGGCUCGUAAUUAAAUCAUACUGGUUUCUGAUAUGUGGGUAAAUUGCAGAAGUGUAACGAUGAUUCAGCAUUAGGAAACAUAUAAGCAUAAUUCACUAUAAAAAACCAAAAAACCAAACCCAUUGCUGUCAAGUUGAUUCCAACUCAUAGCAACCCUAUAGGACAGAGUAGAACUGUCCCAUAGAGUUUCCAAGGAUUGCCUGGUGGAUUUGAACCGCUGACCUUUUGGUUAGCAGCCGUAGCAUAUAACGACCACACCACCAGGGUUUCAAGGGAAAAACUGUAUCUCUUGGGUGCUAAAGAGAUCAUUUUCUAAGAUUCAUUUGUCAUUCCUGAUAACUUUUAGUGAACAAAUAACCUUGUAAAAAGUCUCUACCGGAAACCUUUGUCAAAUAUCAUAGUGAAAUAUUAGAUGAACUUCUGUUAACAGAUAGGAACAUAACGUAGAUCUAAAAGUCUUAGCCAGUGCAUUAAGAAACAAGAAAAAAAAAUUAAGCUCUAAAUAAUGGUGGAAAAAGAGCUCUGGUGGCACAGUGGUUAAGUGUUCAACUGCUGUCCAAAAGGUCCUUAGUUCGAAUCCAUCACCUGCUCCCUAGAAACCCUAUGGGACAGUUCUACUGUGUCCUGUAGGGUUGCUAUGAGUCGGUUUGGUUUUUUAUUAUUAUUAUUUGCAGUUGAUAUGAUCGCUUACUUAGAAAAUAUAAGACAAGUGAAAAAUUAUUUGUGUUAAAAAAGGAUUUUAGUAAGCUGGCUAGCUAUAAAAUAAAAUUAGAAAAUUCCUUAGCUUUUUUACACAUUGGCAUUACCCUAUAUAUAAAGUAUGUUUUUGCACUUACCAUAAAAAUACUCAGAUAAUACACACUGAAAACAGCACUGAUGAUACAGAGGUCAUAAAAUGUCCUUCCCACAAAUUGUGGGAAUCCUAGCUCUCUGUGUUGCCAGGUAGCCGAAUGUCUGAGUAGAAUCUUGAAUUAAAGGCCUUAGUAAACUCCAGAAAUGUAUUAAUUUUAGUCUAUGGAUAUUUUAUUAGCAAAUAAGAACUCAUUUCUCCAGUUGCUAGUAAAUAACCCUUAGUCUUACACAGAAAUAAAUGUCUAAGAAAUUGCAUGUCAUUUGCCCAAAAUAUCUCUAAAAAGAACUUCCAUUUUUCUUUUAGUACAGGGCAUAUCAAGAGCAUACUGGCUCCCAUUGGUGAACCCUGGACCACACUUUAAAAAGAAAAAAAUCAUACUUUUAAAGCAUAGUUGUUUGGAUCCUACUCCUGAUAAACUUAAUUACCUUUGUUCUGUCUAUUGGGUACAUUAAAAUUUUGGUUUUCUGUCAAAAUUGAGUAACAGGAACUGGAUUUACCCUUUUGCCUGAAACAACAUGCAAAAAAAAAAAAAGCUAGACAAAAUAUGUGAAACAGUGGCACCCAAGACCUGAACGUCAGGCAAUGAAAGAGAGAAAACAAAGCAAGUCCUUUGAUUGGCCCAGUUUACUCCCUGGAGAAAAUUUCUAGGGACAGGCAUGGGGAGGGGGAAUCUAGGGCAGCCUAGGGAUUCCAAGGUGAUCAGUGUUCACAAUGCAGAGUAUCAGAAAGGAGAGAGCUUCACAGAAAAAGGACCCUGAAGAUCUGGAGAGGGUACCCCUUAAAGUAUUCUGGAAAAGGUCCCCUCGAGUAUUCAACAGAAUUUUGAUCCAAGAAGCUCAACAAGCAUAAGAUGAAUAAAGCUGCACCAAGUCACAUUGUAAUCAAAUGGCUUAAAUCAAGCAGUAAAGAGAAAAAAAAUUUAAAAGCAGCCAAAGAAAAACAGAAGAACAAAGAGUUGGAGGGUUAUCCGGUAUAUUAAUGUCUUAUUGAUAAUGGCAGAACAUCCACCACUACUGGAUACAACUCAGAUUUUAAGUAGUGAUAUUUCUCUUCUGUCUGCCCCUAUUGUAAGUGCAGAUGGAACACAACAGGUUAUUCUGGUACAAGUUAACCCAGGGGAAGCAUUUACAAUAAGAAGAGAAGAUGGACAGUUUCAGUGCAUUACAGGUCCUGCUCAGGUUCCAAUGAUGUCCCCAAAUGGUUCUGUGCCUCCUAUUUAUGUGCCUCCUGGAUAUGCCCCACAGGUUAUUGAAGAUAAUGGUGUUCGAAGAGUUGUUGUGGUUCCCCAGGCACCAGAGUUUCAUCCUGGUGGUCACACUGUGUUACACCGUUCUCCACACCCUCCUCUGCCCGGUUUCAUUCCUGUCCCAACCAUGAUGCCCCCUCCACCACGCCAUAUGUACUCACCAGUGACUGGAGCUGGAGACAUGGCAACACAGUAUAUGCCACAGUAUCCAUCUUCACAAGUAUUUGGAGAUGUGGAUACGCACUCUACACAUGGAAGGUCUAACUUUAGAGAUGAAAGAUCUAGUAAAACAUAUGAACGUUUGCAGAAAAAACUAAAGGACCGCCAAGGAACACAGAAGGAUAAAAUCAGCAGUCCACCAUCAUCACCUCAGACAUGCCCUUCUCCCACAAAUGAGCAUAAUGGACUUACAAAAGGGCAGAAUGCUAGUGGCGUAAACACCGGAUCAGCAAAGAGCAAAUCAGGGAGAGGGAAGGGCAGUGUACAAGUUGAUACAGAAAUAGAAGAAAAAGACGAAGAAACUAAAGCAAUUGAAGCACUUCUUUCCAACAUUGUCAAACCAGUGGCCUCAGACAUCCAGGCAAGAGCAGUAGUACUCACCUGGUCACCUCCUUCCAACUUCAUUAACGGUGAAACAGACGAGACUACUACUGGACCAGAGCUCUGUGGUUAUGCAGUUCUGGUUUCGAGUACUGGAAAAGAUGGCAAAUACAAGAGCGUAUAUGUUGGAGAAGAAACAAGUAUCACUGUAAAUGAUCUCAAGCCUGCUACAGAUUACUAUGCAAAAGUCCAGGCAGAAUAUAAUUCUAUGAAAGGAACUCCUUCAGAAGCUGAAAGCUUUACCACCUUGAGCUGUGAACCUGAUACACCUAAUCCACCAAGGAUAGCCAAUCGGACCAAAAAUUCACUCACUUUGCAAUGGAAGGCACCUAGUGACAAUGGUUCUAAAAUUCAGAGCUUUAUUUUGGAAUGGGAUGAGGGAAAAGGAAAUGAAGAAUUUUGUCAGUGUUACACGGGUUUACAGAAGCAAUUUAAGAUUACAAAACUGUCACCAGCAAUGGGUUGUAAAUUUAGACUAUUGGCCAAAAAUGACUAUGGUACAAGUGGUUUUAGUGAAGAAGUCUUAUAUUACACCUCAGGCUGUGCCCCUUCUAUGCCAGCAAGUCCUGUGUUAACUAAGGCUGGAGUUACGUGGUUGUCCUUACAGUGGAGUAAACCCUCAGGAACACCAUCAGAUGAAGGAAUUUCUUACAUUUUAGAGAUGGAGGAAGAAACUUCAGGAUAUGGUUUUAAGCCUAAAUACGAUGGAGAAGAUCUUGCUUACACAGUGAAAAAUCUCAGACGUAGUACGAAGUAUAAAUUUAAGGUUAUUGCCUACAACUCAGAAGGUAAAAGUAAUCCAAGCGAAGUGGUAGAAUUUACUACAUGCCCUGAUAAACCAGGAGUACCUAUAAAGCCUUCAGUUAAAGGAAAGAUACAUUCACACGGUUUUAAAAUAACUUGGGACCCACCAAAAGACAGUGGAGGGGCAGCCAUCAGUAAAUACGUAGUGGAGAUGGCAGAAGGUCCUAAUGGAAACAAAUGGGAUAUGAUAUACAGUGGAGCUACUAGAGAACAUCUUUGUGAUCGACUGAAUCCAGGCUGUUUCUAUCGUUUACGUGUUUACUGCAUCAGUGAUGGAGGACAGAGUGCGGUAUCUGAAUCUUUACUUGUGCAGACUCCAGCUGUGCCUCCUGGCCCAUGCCUCCCUCCCAGAUUACAGGGUAGACCCAAAGCAAAAGAAAUACAGUUACGAUGGGGACCCCCUCAGGUUGAUGGUGGAUCACCCAUUUCCUAUUAUGGUGUGGAAAUGUCUCCUGUAGAAAAAGAUGAACCCAGAGAAGUUUACCAAGGCUCUGAAGUAGAAUGUACAGUGAGCAGCCUUCUUCCCGGAAAGACAUACAGCUUCAGGCUUCGUGCAGCUAACAAAAUGGGGUUUGGACCAUUUUCAGAAAAAUGUGAUAUUACUACAGCCCCUGGUCCCCCAGAUCAGUGCAGGCCCCCUCAAGUGACAUGCAGAUCUGCAGCUUGUGCACAAGUCCAUUGGGAGAUCCCAUUGAGUAACGGAACUGAUGUCACUGAAUAUCGUUUGGAGUGGGGAGGAGUUGAAGGAAGUAUGCAGAUAUGUUACUGUGGACCUGGUCUCAGUUAUGAAUUAAAAGGACUUUCACCAGCUACCACCUAUUACUGCAGGGUCCAGGCUCUGAGUGUUGUUGGUGCAGGCCCUUUCAGUGAAGUCGUAGCCUGUGUGACUCCACCAUCAGUUCCUGCCAUUGUAACUUGUCUUCGAGAAAUAAGUGAUGAUGAUAUAGAAAGUUCCCAUUAUUCACCUUCUACAUGUCUUGCAAUAAGCUGGGAAAAACCUUGUGAUCAUGGUUCAGAAAUCCUUGCCUACAGUAUAGACUUUGGAGAUAAACAGCCUUUGACGGUGGGAAAGGUUACAAGCUAUAUUAUAGACAAUUUGCAGCCAGAUACAACGUACAGAAUACGAAUUCAAGCCUUGAAUAGCCUUGGGGCUGGUCCUUUCAGCCACAUGAUAAAAUUAAAAACCAAGCCCCUCCCUCCUGACCCACCCCGUCUGGAAUGUGUUGCCUUUAGUCACCAGAACCUUAAGCUGAAGUGGGGAGAAGGAACUGCAAAGACAUUGUCAACAGAUUCUAUUCAGUACAACCUUCAGAUGGAGGAUAAAAAUGGAAGGUUUGUAUCCUUGUACAGAGGACCAUGUCAUACAUACAAAGUACAAAGACUCAGUGAGUCAACAUCCUAUAAAUUCUGCAUUCAAGCUUGUAAUGAAGCUGGGGAAGGUCCUCUCUCCCAAGAAUAUGUUUUCACUACUCCAAAAUCUGUCCCAGCUGCCUUGAAAGCACCCAAAAUAGAGAAAAUAAACGACCAUAUUUGUGACAUUACGUGGGAAUGUUUACAGCCAAUGAAAGGUGAUCCAGUUAUUUACAGUCUUCAAGUUAUAGUGGGAAAAGAUUCGGAAUUCAGACAGAUUUACAAAGGUCCCGACUCUUCAUUCCGGUAUUCGAGCCUUCAGCUGAACUGUGAAUACCGUUUCCGUGUGUGUGCCAUUCGCCAGUGCCAAGACCCUGUGGGGCACCAGGACCUCGUAGGUCCCUACAGUACCACAGUGCUUUUCAUCUCUCAGAGGACUGAACUGCCAGCCAGCACCAACAGAGACACUGUGGAAAGCACGAGGCGCCAGCGGGCCCUCAGCGAUGAGCAGUGUGCUGCCGUCAUCCUCGUGCUGUUCGCUUUCUUUUCCAUUUUGAUUGCCUUUAUCAUUCAGUACUUUGUAAUCAAGUGAAAAUACCACCUUAGUUUUUAAUGCUUUAUUAUAUGUUUCUUUGGGUCAUAUACUAAAAUGAUUUCUGUAUUGCUUUUAUAAAAACAGUGGCAUUUAGCACUAGCAUUGAGACUAUAGCACAUCAUUUUUGCCAUUUACAAUGCUUGUAUCAUUAGGUAAAGGCUGGCACUUUAUUAGAAUGCAAGUCACAGAAAUACCAAAUUUAGGGUUUUUUGUUUGGUUGGGUCUUUUUGUUUUCCUUUUUUACCUGCUUCUCAUAGAACAAACUUUCUAAGAGGCAACAAUAUGUAAUUGAUAUUUUGACCAGUCAGCAUGAGUGUAACAGUGGUAAACCCGAUCUGUUUAUUACCAAGUGAAAAAGAAUGGAUAACAUUUACACUGACAUGCUGUACAAAAAUGUUCAAGUCUGAUGCUGUGAAAGCAAUCUAGUGCUGUAUUUUCUACCUCCUCAUUUGUCUUAAUUAUUUGGUAAGUGGGAUUAUGAUGAAUAACUAGAGGGGUUUAGCAAACAAAAAAACUGGAUGAAAGGAUACGGAUAAAAAAAGAAGCUUCUUGUUUGAUAAAUGUGGAGUUCUUCGUUAGAAGUAUAUAUUCAUAAAUUUAUGGAUGAGUCACUUAAAGAAAGCACAGGCAGUCUACUUGGCCUAAAAAUAUUUUAAUGUUUACUAUUAAAGUACCUCUAAGCGUCUUGAAAAUAUGGAAAAGAAGAGAGGACUUUUAUAGAUAGUUCCUUUUUUAAAAGGAAUAAUUAAAGUCAUUUUUGAAUCUCCAACCUAUUAGGCUUCUGUUUGUGGCACUUUGAGCUACACGUAUGUGUAUAAGGGCAUACACAUACACACACGGCAGCGUAUAUAACAGUUACACAUGCCAAGCGUAUGAAAUGUGUGUGUGUGUGUAUGUAACACACACACUCCAUCUGUCUGCUAUGGGCUAAUUCUGAAGAACUCCCAUAAGUUUUGCUGCUUCUCUCAUAACUACUGCCAUCACCAUCAGAAUUCGUAAUCAAACUUAACCUUUUUGUUGGGGUCACCAAAUCUGAAGACAAAAUUAAUUUGCACCAGUAAACUUCAAGCUGCUUUCUUUCUUGAAAAACUAAUGUUUAAUGUAAUGUCUGUUCCAAAUUGUUGAUUGCAUGUGGUUAAUGUUGCAUUAGAGCACUUUGCAAUUGCAUAAUUCAUUAAUGUCUUGUGAGCUUGCAUUUGUGAGUUAUUGGAUGAUCAGAUUGGAUUUUGUCGAGUACGUCUUGCCUAGAUGUCAAUGACUGCCAGUAAUAUACAGUUUGUAAUGAAACUAUCUAAAUUCUUGUUUUAUGACAUCUGUUACCUAUAAAACACUUGUAACUAGCUUUUUUAAUUUAUUUGAAUUUUAGAAUAGUGAAUCACUAAUUUUCAGUUGCUGAGGUUAGCGUUUUAGUGAUUACUAAGCACUUCUGUCAGUCUUGAAAAAAGGAACUUACAUUUAUGCUUUGAAGAUCUCUGAGGAAUUUAUGCUGUAUUAGAAUGGGCAUGUAUCGUAAUUGUUUUACAUCAAAUAGUCCGUGCUGUUGAAAAAACAUGAACCCUUUGUUCAGAAAAGAAACCGAUAAACUUGGCCUUUCCAAGUGGUAAGAAUGAUCUGUCACUAUAAUAUACUGUAUGUUUACAUUUUAUUUAAAUUCAAUCUCUUAUGUAUAGGCUGAUAACCUUCCCCCAAAACAACGGUGAUUGUGAUUGUUUUCUAGAAACUUCUUAGAAGUGCCACACUGGGCAGUACAAAGGAAUUUGAGUGUAAUCGCCCAGAGAUUUCUAUAUAGUUGAAUGUCUAAAAUGGUAAAUGUGCCACUGUGGCAAGUUUACAGUGGCUUAUGUUUUUCAUAGUUAACUCAAAUGAACACCUAUUUUUGAUAGUAAAUGUCAUUUAAUAGUGUAUUUGCCAUUUGAGCCUCACUGCAAAAUUAGUGCAGAGGAGUAAACAAUUUCUAAUGUAAUCUUGGUUUUACCUCAUAUACUAUACAUUCCAAAAAACGCUAAACUUUUUAAAGAUUAUAGAUACACUACCAAACAUAUCACCUUAAAAUUGUAUAAGGUUGAACUUAAUACAAAUGAAAAAAUAUAAUCUCAUAAAAUACAUAAACUGUGUAGCAAAAGUAUCUUUAAAAUCCAUGGAAAAUAAAAAUUGUAUCAUUCUUUUUUGAGAUGUGUUUACUGUAUUCGUAUCUAUUCAUUAUCUGCCGUCUGUUUUAGAAGAUGAAAUGUUAGUGUCUCUUCUUAAAAUAGGGUUAAAACUAUUUUCCCAGCAGUAUUCAGAUCUUCAACAUGAGAGGACCCAUAUUCAUUAUAGAAAUAAAG